ACUAUGAAUACAUUUUCCCACCUAGACUCAUCUAACAUUUUCUAUGCAAAAGAUGAUAGUACUCCGUAGUCCGUAGUAUAUUCCAUGCAAUAGUCAAUUUUCCUCCCAAAACGUUUCUAUAUAAGGCGGCCACUAGUCCCCUCCUUCGAUAUCAAACACAUUAACAAAAAAACCUCUCUCUCUUUCCUAAACAAGAAAGCUUUUACACUUCCCUUGAAAAAUGGCGCCGGAAAUCAUGAACCGUCCCUUGAAUAGGGGUGCCUCUGGUCUUGCGAAGGCCGGUAGCCUUCCCAGCCGUGCCUACGUUACGUUCCUUGCCGGUAACGGCGACUACGUGAAGGGUGUGGUGGGUCUGGCCAAGGGCCUUAGGAAGGUCAACACCAUCUACCCUCUCGUGGUGGCCGUCCUCCCCGACGUCCCCGCCGAUCACCGCCGGAUACUCGUCGAGCAAGGCUGCAUCGUCCGCGAGAUCGAGCCCGUGUACCCGCCCGAGAAUCAGACGCAGUUCGCCAUGGCCUACUACGUCAUCAACUACUCCAAGCUCCGCAUUUGGGAGUUUGUGGAGUACAGCAAGAUGAUCUACUUGGACGGAGAUAUCCAGGUGUUGGAGAACAUCGACCAUCUCUUCGAAAUGGAAAGUGGCUAUCUGUACGCAGUGAUGGACUGCUUCUGCGAGAAGACGUGGAGCCAUACGCCGCAGUUCCAGAUCGGGUACUGCCAGCAGAGCCCGGAGCGGGUCAAGUGGCCCGAGUCCCUGGGCCCGAAGCCGCACAAGUACUUCAACGCGGGAAUGUUCGUGUUCGAGCCGAGCCUGCCGACGUAUCACGACCUGCUGCAGACGCUGAAGGUGACGGCAGCGACGCCCUUCGCGGAGCAGGACUUCCUCAACAUGUUCUUCCGGGACGUGUACCGCCCCAUCCCCAACAACUACAACCUGGUGCUGGCGAUGCUGUGGCGCCACCCGGAGAACGUGCGGCUGGAGGAGGUCAAGGUGGUGCACUACUGCGCCGCCGGGUCCAAGCCGUGGCGAUACACCGGCGAGGAGGAGAACAUGGAUCGGCAGGACAUCAAGACGCUGGUGGAUAAGUGGUGGGAUAUUUACAACGACGAGACGCUUGACUACAAGGCAGAGGGAGAGGGAGACCUCGCUGAUGCCGAGAAGUUGAUCCCCAUGGCCGGAGUGGUUCGUUAUGUUCCCGCCCCUUCGGCCGCUUAGACUUAAACAUGGCUUGCAAACAUUUUUUAUUUUUAAUUUUAUUUUUACCUUUUUUAUGGAGUGUUUUUUUUAGUAUAGUUGGGCGCUACACGGGGAAACCGGCUGGGGUGCCUGCCUGUGUUUUCUUCCUUUUUAUUUAUCAUAUAGUAGUAUUUGUAUUGGGUUUAAAAUCCUACCGCCGGUGACUCAUCGUGUAUUUGUAAUUACUUCAAAUAUGGAGUAUAUAAUAACUCAAAUAUGUUUACCA